UACAGAUCUGAAGCGUUAAGAAAAAAAGUAUAAAAUUGUUUUAGAGAGCACAACUGACACUCUAACAAUAUGUUUAAAUUUGUACUAAGGCUAUCCAUAGCCUUUACUUUGUGUUUAUGCUGUACUGCUGCGGUACUCUCCUCUGCACAGCUUCCUUUGGAAGCUCGUGAUGCCGAUGGAUCUUCGGAGGAGGAAGAAGUAAUAUCCACUAGCUAUGUGUUACCCAAUCAAAUUUUCAACAAUGGUAAACCGUAUUACGCUAGUAAAGAUCCUGUGUCGGGCCAAUUAGAUUUUAAUAUCAAAAAACCUGCUGGUAUAGAUUCAACCGUCAAUGAAGUUAUCGAUCCAAAUGAGAAGGCCAUCAUAACAUCUUCAUCGCCCAACAUACAUGAUUUUCUGAAUUUGCCGGUGAAGUAUUCAACAUCGAAAUUUGUUUACCCCUUGGUUUCGAGUUCCUAUGCGAACCUUAAAUAUCAGGGCAGUAAUAAAAACUACAUUACAAAUAAAAAGCCCACACAGGUUGUGCAAGCUACAUCGGCUCCUAAUUAUCAUACGGCUAAUUAUUACACAGUGCCCACUACUAAAUUGACACCAGUGGCACCUACGACACCAGCAUUAACUAGUACUUCUAGUACCACUACUUCCACAACAUCGACCACAACAACUAAGCAACCAACAACAGCUUCAACUUCCAGUUCCACCUCUUCAUCGACAUCUACUACUUCCACUUCAAGCACCACCUCAACUACCACAAGCACAACUAGUACUUCAACUACAACGACUACGAAAACUCCACUAGUAGCAACUUCAAUAUCGGUACAAUCGAGCAGCAGUUCCCAAAAGUACACAACAUCUACUCGUAAACCUACUCAAACAACCACAACCGUUGCUCCUAAAACGUCUACAACUCGCAAGAAGUUUGUGCCCAGUAAAAAGUAUACACCCACACCACCCCAAACUACUUCAACAUCUAUGCGUUACCCAGAACAAAGACCUUCCAAUACCACUGCAAUGCCGAGACCAACUACAAGCUCUACAUUAAGUACUCAACACCCCACACUACCUUCAACUACUAAGAAUACUUAUCCUUCUACCUUACAACCUGUGGUCUUUACAGAAGAUCCAUCGGCACCCCCACCAUUCAGUCCUUUCCCCAGCAGUACCCGCAUACCUAAUUUGGAACCAGCCGAUGUUUACCAUACCUUGGAUCAAAAGAAUACCGAAAACAAAAUUGAACAGAAACCAUCCAUGACUUUGGCAGAUAUUUUCAAUAGUUUAGCUGAGGAAGAGUCAGCUGUGGCAGCCAAUAAUCCCAUGCAUCAAGGACUAGAUGCUCAGGGCAAUUUAAUGGAACCCUUAGAUCCCUCUAAGCCCUCACCAUUUGCCAUGCACAAUAAUGAGGGACCCAUACAACCACAAGCCAACAAACCUACCAUUGGAACUACUGCUAUUCCUCUAAAUCCCCACCAGCAGCAAAACAUGCAGUCACUACAACCACCCCAACAACAACAACCAUCACAACAACCCUCUGUCAUUUCCGGCAGCCAGGAAAAUUUCAGCAAUGAAUAUGUUUCAUACCAAGUACAGCAACCAAACAUUAUGCAAUACAGACCAGCUCCUGGUGCCAUCAACAAUGUUGUUAUAUCACCUGGACAGAACUCUGCUUCCUUUGUCUUGGGCAGCCAACAACAGGUGGGUCAAAAUGCUUUUGGUUCCGUUGAAAAAGAACCCUUAUUCUCCAAAGAUCAUCCCGUUCAGUAUGGUACUGUUAUUAGUGAAGAUAUAAGCGGCAUUAAUAGGCAACCUGUGCCCAGUGCUCCUACACCUUAUCAAGAAAUGCCAAGUCAAAGUCCCAUUUCCAAUUUCCACCAAAACGGUAAUUUUGCUUCUAAUCCGGAACAACCUAAAAGACCUGAGUUACAAAGACCUUUGCCACCCGGUAACAACUAUCAAGAAUUACCUCCUGCUCCUCCAUCUCCAUAUCAGCAAUUACCUUUGAUUGGCAACAUUAGAAAUAAACCCAAUAAGCCCGCUCACCAAAAACCUUUAACACUUACCCCACCACCCCUUCAAAACCAACCUUUACCGUCAUCUAAUCCCAUUGGUUCAGUGCAGUCGGUUAGGCCUCAGGACAAUGGAGAUAGCUCUAUAACUUUGGGUUCACAACAAGAUACUAAAGAGCUUUUGGUUUCUACAAACAUACGUUUUCCUGCUAAUGAAGAACAAUCAAUUGAAGUGCCCUCAUUGCCAGUUGCCAAUGGUCCUCCAGCUGGCCCUCAAGUAAAUGGUCAUGCUCAACCUUUAAGCUUGCAACAAAUACAAAAUUCCAACCAAAUCGUAUUCCCCAAACAAGAAGAAGGCAAACCUCAACAAAAUGAAGUUUAUCACAAUACUCCCAACUCCAAUACUGAUGGUGUACAAAUCCAGAAACAUGAAGUCUUAACCAUGAGUCAACAUCAACAAAAAUUGACAUUCCCUCCUCCUAAUGAACCAAAUACACCGGUACAGCAUAUGGUGCCACCUCCACUACCUAACAGCAUUAGCUCCGAUCAUGAAUUGCAGAAACCAAACCGUCCCCAUGGAGGUCCUCAAUUUGCCUACAAUGAAUAUACUCGCAAACCAAUUCCCGGCAUUACACGUCCCAAUCCUGAUCGCCAUCUACCCAAUAUUCUGCCUCAAUUCCGUCCUAAUGCUAAAAUUUCCAAUGGACAUCCCCAACAAGCUAAUUUCAAUCAGGAACCCGGCAAUAUAAGAGUUACUGGACCACAACAACCUAAAAGAGGACCUAUCAAUGGCAAUCCCCAAUUCUCGCACAGACGUCAACCAUUGGGAGGUCAACCCAAGAGAUAUCCUUUAACAAGAAUGGCAGAUUAUCCAGCAGGUGGACAGCCAUCUCCCAAUGAAAUGGCCAACAGACGUGUCUAUAGAUUACCUCCCUAUGGAGGCGCUGGCCCACAAUAUUUAGACAGGCCUGUCAUGCAUGUUAGAAGACCUUUGCCUCAUAAUUUAAGAGCAGCUGAAUCUGUUAAUGUUGAAAGGCAUGCUCUAGCUCCGGCAUUGGAAAAAUUGCCCGCCUUUGAAGAGGAAGAUUUAGUUAUCAACGAUCCACCUCAACCAGUGGCACCCACAAAGGAUGCCAACUUAUUCAGUGAAGCCAAAUUAGAACCAGUGGUGACUUUGCAAAUGUUACAAUCCCAAAAGAAGGCCGUAUCCCUACCCAGUGAUGAUAGCGGCGAUGGAGAGAUUCAAGUUCCUAGCCUAGACAACGAUGAAGCAGAAGAUGGUGCUCAAGAUAAUCAAAAUGGUUUAUAUGUGGUUUAUCCCAUUAAAGGAGGUAAAAAGUCUGAAAGCUUAGAAGGUGCUGAAACUCAACACGCCUUACCUGCUGUAGCUCAUAUGGAACCACCCACUGGUAGUGAAUACCAAAACACACCCUUCUCUAUAAUCAGAGACCAUCAGCAAGAACCUGUGUUGAAAAAUAAGAAACCCCUUUCAUUGCAACAACAAAACAAGGCUCAACAAGGCAAAGAUUCCUUCCCAUAUCCCAUUGAAAAGCCAGAUCCUUCAUAUAGCGAAUUGAAUUCGGCUCCUAGAGUUCCAGGUGUAGUUAUUGCUCCCAAAAUCAGAAAUGGUGCUUACGGCACGGCCACAGAAGCCCCUAUAGCUAUUGCCUAUACUCCUACUGAACCCAGUCGUCAUCAAGGACCAGCCCAUCAACAGCAACAACAACACACCAUGUACUCCAACAUUAAUUUAGCUACUCCCGUAAUUAAAGAAAUACGCCCUGAUACACAAACCGAACAAGCUUUAAAUGGCCACGAUUUUGAUUUAAGAGCACAAAAUUACGAAAAGAACUUCAUGGCACCAUUUUAUCCAAGUGUUAGUUUAGAUUCUGUUACCAGUACUCCCACAAAUGGCUGGAAUGUUUUGCCUUCUUCCACGGACAAUGAUUUGUACGAAAAGAACAAUAUUGAUAGAUCAGAUGUUGCCAAUGGUGAUAACAAGGCCGAUGAAGGUGUAGAAUCUGCUACUAAAUCUUUUGAAUUGGAUAAAUUCCAACCAGAGCUACAAGGUGGUUUCAAACCAAUCUAUCCUCCAGGCUAUAAACUGGAUAAUGAACAAGAGGAACAUGAACAGUUGCAACAGCAUGAAACAAACAAUAUGCCUUUGGCAUUGGCCAGUCGUAUGGAACCUCCCCAGAAACUACAACAAUUAUCCGAUGAACUUAAAACAAGCUCUUCGACUUCAUCGACUACCAGUACCACUGCUAAACCCUCAACAGACAAUGAGAACACUGAAGAAAAUACGAAAUUGGAAUCGAGCGACAAGAUCUCCACCACUGUGAAACCCACAAAGAGAACGAAAUCGAAAUUUGAAACCAGUUUAGCGGCUUUACUCUUCGGUGACGAUGAAGAAGAUGCUGUUGAAGCUGAUGAGCCCGCAGAACCUACUCAAGCUCGUCAAGAACCAACCAAAGCCAUGAUGAGCGGUCCAAGAAGUAUACCACGCAUGGGUCCACGUAGUUUGAAAAUAUAAAUUUGACAAAAUAUAAAUUUAACCUUAACUUAGGCUUGACUUUUCGAAUUCUAAUCUUUAUUUUUAGUUUUUGCUUUAAUUUAUUUAUUUAAUUUAUUAUAAAAUGAGUUUUCUUUUGUACUUUUCUACUUUUAGGAGUUUAUCUUAAAGUUACUCAAUUAUUUUUAAUUUAUUUUUUUUUUAUUAUUUUAAGCAGCAGCAUUCUAAAACCAUUCUUCUAUAAACAAAGAUUCCCAGAUGUUUUCUAUAAAACUUGAAAACUAAAUUAAAACCAAAAGUAGCAACUCUUGCGAGUCUAAUUCGAAAUUUUGUUAUUAAAUAUAACAACUCAAUAUAGUUUCUUAUUAGACUAGCGAUUUGUUGAACUUCGUCCCUUAAACAAAAGUAAAAUCUUUCUUUUCUCGACAAACAUUAAACCUAGUUAUUACAAAUUAUACUUUACUAUUUUGUAAUUAAGUAUUAAAAUAAAACGAACAGAAGAAAGAAAUAUUAACAAAAUAUCACAAAUUUCAUUAUAAACAAUAG